AUCCAUUUGGAUCUUUCUGAAUCCAAAUGGAUUUAAUAAGUACUUCGUUGUUCGGAGUACCUACUAAUUUUAUUAUACUAUUUGCUUUCAUGUCUGUCCUAAUCUGUAUUAUCCUAUGUCCUAUUCUGUGUACUCCGCAACAUUUAGUAAACAUUUUGGUACCUCUACAUAGGUGUAUUACGACGCAUUUAUCCCGCCAGAGUACAGCACUGUAUGUUAGGUACACAAAAGCUUUGACGCCAAGCUAAGUCGAUUAAAACGUUUAUUUUAGUGUACUUUGUUAAUAAUUCGUUUGUGAAAAUAUACAAGAAUGUAGCAUAUUCGGGUGUCGAAAUAUUGGGAAAAAUCAUUUUCAAUAAGAUUUGAAAAACGCUGUAAAAUUUUCGAGCCAGUAAAUUGUCGAAAAGAAGCUCGGAAAACUUCACACGUGAAGACUAAAUAUGGACUUCAUACAGGUAAGAUCUUCAGUCAAAAUCAAAUUUAUAUCAGUUUAUGACCACAGCUGACCAAAUAAUAACAGUAACAUAACCUAAAACAAUAUUGAAAAUUGGCACUUUUUGCACCUAUUGGCAAUGUUUGUGUACCUUAGUUUUACCAGUAGCGCCAUCUGUGCUGAACUUUCCGUAAUAUGCCCUAUGCAUAUCCACAUGCAUAGAGAUCCCUCCAUUGUAAAUCAUACUAUUAUAUUCAUACUGUACAGAUAAAACAUUUUAUGAAGCAGUCUUUCAGUAGUUUAGUUCCUCCCAUGGAUUUAUAAGUACUGGAGUACCCUCCAUAUUGACGUCAGAAAUUGAAGAACCAUCGUUUUUUUUAAAUAUUUAUGAUUAAUUAAGAUGUACUUACAUUUUAAAUAUAAUAAUAUACUAUAAUAUAGGACAGAAAUACGGGAAAUUUUUUCUCUCCAACUUUACGCUCACAACAAGUAAUAUGCAACUGUACAUAUGGAAUUAGUAGGUACGUUCUACGAAGAACGUACUAAAUCCAUGCUGUACACAGAAAAAGCCUUAGACCACGUCAUAUUUCUCAUUUCCCUGCCUGGCCCAUGGAUUUAGUAAAUACUUCACGGAGUACCUACUACGUCCAUGACCUGGCCAAUCUAUCACUUCGUAUGAGAUUAGUCGGAUUGGGCGGGAAAGUUGUAUGAAAAUCUCAUUCGGUUACACAAUACUCAUCACUUUUUCGAGUUUCCUUGGUCUUUGUAUGCACCAUAGCAUCACUUCCAACAUUAAAAGAAGAAGUCAUAAAAACUAUGUAGCCAGUUUUUUAAAAUCCGAAUAUAAUAUACCAACUGAUCUAUGCCAAUGGCAAUUAAAAAAAAUUAGUUGUCACUGUCAUCGUCAUCGAUGUUUUUUUGUUGUUAUUGCCGGAUUUCCGUUAAAAUUAAACAGUAAAUUCGGCUCCGGUUUAUAUUGUUUAUUUACAGAUUACAUGCAUCUAAUUAAAUAUUUUAUAAUAUAAAGCUUGCAAAUUUAACAAGUAAUUUAAAAUAUAGUGGCAACGAAAUAGAACACUGCAAAGUUUUUUAAAAUGGACGUUUAUUCCGAGGAGCAAUUAAGUGAUGACGAGAUAUUUAUUGGGAAACUAUCACUCAAAGAAAUUAAGAAACGUGUAUUGUGGAAUAAACAACAAGACAAGUUUCCCCAACCUGCUGAUAGAGAAAUGGAUAGAAGUCUAAAAAUUAUAGAAACUCAUUCUGCACCUGAUAUUUUGCACAAGGAUUCAAAAAUAAGUGCAACAUCUACAAAGUUUAAAGCUUAUUCUAAUCCAGUACUCUCUCCACUUUCUGCUCAAAGCCCCAGUGAUAAUAAAGCUUCAGAUGACAGUUUCUUGCAAAUUGAGAAAAUGGUAACUGACUUGUGUGUUUCUACCCAAGAAAACAGCAGUGUGGUUUUGGAUAAUACUUUAGAUGUUAUUGACUAUAUCCUAAAAAAUGGGCCAACUCAGAAUUAUGAAAAUCCAAAUCAUGAAAUAAAUAACUGCAAACAUUCUAAAGAAAAAUUGUGUUCAAACACUGAAAUUGAUUGUGGAGUAUCAAAAGAGAUGAUUCCCCAUACUCCUAUAAAAGCUAAGGACAGUGACAAAGAAAACAUUACACCAUAUUCUACACCAUCCAAAGUUGAUUUUAAAUGUAAUAGGACUGAUAAUUUUGCAACUCCAUGUUCGAAUAUGAAUACUCCAGUUUUCAAAACUCCACAUAUUCCAAUAUCUACUAGGAAGACACCUCAUAGUUCAGUCAAGAAACAAAUGACGAAAUCAAAUAUUUACAAGAAUGUAGCUAGUCCUGUUGCAUCUUAUAUAAAUAAUUGUCCUGUUGUACCUUUAAUCAAGGAAGUACGGCCAACCAAACCAUUGCCAGGACACUCUGCAAUACCCAAAUUUGUAAAGAGUAACCAGAGCAAAUUAAGCAAUAAGGAAAAUGUGAAACUUCCUACAGUGGCUUAUAAAAGUGCAAAGAAAACUGAAGUUAUAGACAUUCCUGAUGCAGAAAAACUGCCACAAAGUCAAUGGGCUAAAAAGAUAACAUCAUCUUUACCAAGACCAUUAGUGAUGAAACAUGACCACAGGGAAAUGAAUAUAGCAAAGCGAAUAUUCAUGUCAAAACAUGAAGAAAGUUUUGCUGAUCUCUCAUUGAGACAAGCUGAUGUGUCUGUUUGCACUCAAAAAUCUGCAUUUUGUCGGCCGAAAAAGAAUUAAGGUUACAUUUAUUUGUUUCUUUGUAGUUUGUAAUGUAAAAUUAACUUAAUGAUAAUUGAUUUGGUACUAAAAGGCAUUUUAAUUAAAACAAACACUCAUGAGA